AUGCGAGCCUUUCUGAAGAGUUGGGGGGAGUGUUUCCAGCUGAAGCCGCACACGACGACCAUCGGCAGGAGCCAAGGGUGCGACAUUGUCCUGCAGUCCGCAGGGGUAGCAGAUCGUCACGCAGCCCUCGAGUUCACCCCCUCCGACAGCAGCUUCGUCCUUCAGGACUUCAACUCCCUCCACGGCACCUUCGUCAAUGGCUGCCAGGUCCAAAACGCGGCCGUCAGAGUGAGCCCGGGUGAUACCCUGUGCUUCGGGUCAGCGGGAGCAUCCUUCCAGCUGGUGGUGGAUGGGGCUGCCCAGAUGCCCUGCCCUCCCGUGACGUGCCGCACUGCGUGGACUGGGCAGCCCCAGGUGGUUGCAGAGCCCAAACCUUCAGCUCCUGCCUCUCCUCCCCACCUGCCCAUCCUCCAGGGGCAGCUGCCCCCCAGCUCUGCCACCACCCAGGCCCCUGGAGCCACUGGGCACCUACCCCAUCCACCCCUGCAGAAGCCACCCAGGAGGGCCUGGGCUUGGAGCAUGGCCACCUCUGUUCCACUGGGCACCUUGGGCAGAACCUCCAUGAUGCUGCAGCUGGAGAAGGAACUGGGUCAGCUUUCUGCUGUGAGAGCAGAAUCCAAGCAGAAAGAGGCAGUGAUACGGGGGCUGCAGGAGGAGGUUGCAGCCAUGGCAAAGAUGCUGGCUCAGGCAGCAGAAAGGAACAAAGUGGAGCUGGCCCAGAAGCUGCUUACCUUCAACCAAGAGCUGGGAGCCAAAAAGGAGGAGAUCAGAGCCUUGAAGGAACAGCCUGAGGAGGAGCUGGGGCAGUGUGCCAGGAGGGCUCUGCAGCUCCAGGAGUUGGGGCGCAGGGAGCGGGUGGUGGGAGCAGAGCUGGGAUGGGCCAGGGAGCAGCUGGAGGCCUUCAAAACCCAAGUGAUGCAAGCCUGUGCACCAGCAGCAGUGGGAGGUGCAGGGAAGGCAUUGACAGAGCAGGAGGUGAUAGAGAAGGUCAAGCAGAUCUCUGAAGAAAACCAACAAAGUCAGGAGAGAGAGAAUCAUCUGCAGGAGGAGCUAAGCUCCAGGCUCUCCAAGGAAAAGGAGGUGUCUGCAAAUCUUGAGGUGUUUGAGAAAUCCUUGAGUGAGCUCCAGGAGUGCCUGAGGAGCUCCUGCAGCAGCACCAGCCUGCGAGGGGCCCUGGAGAGGCUGGAGAUGCUGAGCCUGGACCCUUCCAUCUCAGCCAUUGGGGCAGUGGUGGUGGAAAUGGCACAUGUGCCCCUGUCCUGGUUGGAGGGCAUUGAGCAGCUCCUGACCAGCACUGGGAUGGACCCACACACCUCCAGCAAAGGGCUUCUGGCUUCUCUUGGGAAACUGUUGGAAGACAAUCAGGAAAUGGUACAGAUGAACCAGGUGUUACAGACCCAAUUAGAGAAGGUCCAGGAGACCCAGGCUGCUUUGCUGCAGGAGCGUGUGAUGGAGCUGGAAGCAACACAUGAACGAGACCUGCAGUUAAAAAUCCAGGGAAUUAUAUUGGGAAAGGACAAGGAGAACAAAGAGAUUCUGGAGAAUGUGGUCGCCAAGGAGAAGGAGAAGUGCAAGGAAGCCCUUGAAGAAAACCAGAAGAAGAUAGAGGACCUGGAGAACCACCUGAGAAGCCUUACUGAGGUAAUGGCAAGGAAGUCAAAGGAGCAGGAGGCUUCAGACUACAAACUGGGAGAAGCCCUGCAGAAACUGGAGGAAACCACGAGGCGAGAGGUCAUGUUGCAGCAGCAGAUUCUCCAGGGAGAGGAACAUCUCAGGAGGGUUCAGGAAGAGAAUGAGCUCCAGAGGCAGGAACUGGUGGAAGAAAUGGUGGAGUAUAAAGAGCAAAGCAAGCAGCAUGCUCUGACCAUUGUGGCUUUAGAGGACAGGCUGCUGGAGGCCAAACAUCAGCAGAAGAUGCUGGAGGAGGAAAAGGUGACACUCCUGGAGAAAAUGGGAGGGUCUGUGGGUGAUGCUGGCAAGUCCACACCAGGAGCUCAGCUGGAGGUUUGUCCUGCCAUGGAGUCACAGAGUUGUCUGAGGAAAUUCCAGGAGGAGCUGGCAGUUUUGCAGAGCACUCUCCUGUCCAAGGACACCAUCAUCACCAGGCUGACCAAGGAGCUCAUGGAAACCAGGGCCAGGAUGUCAGACAUGAGAGGGGAGCUGAGCCAGGAGCAGAAGGUGGAACUGGAGCAGAGCCUGAGCCGAGUGAAAUGCCAGGAGCAGGAACUGAACCUUCUCAGGGAGAAGCUAUCCCAGAUGUCCAGCCUGCUGGAGAAGAGGGAUGCAGGCCUGCAAGCAGCAACAGAGGAGCUGAGGCAAGCCCAAGCCCGCUGCCAAGCACUGGAGGAUACCUCCUGGGAAAGGCUGGAGAAGCUGGAGGAUGUUCCUGAGAUGCUGGUGCCAGUGGGUGAAGCCUCCAAGAGACACCUCCAUGUCCGUCUUGUAUUAGAGAACCAGCUGGGCUGCUUCUUGCAGGAGACAGAGUUGGACUUGGCCAACCUUGGGGUGAAAUGCCGAGGUCUCAGGCAUGAGGAAACCAUCCAGCGCCAGAGAGAAGGUUUGGCCGAGCUCCGUGCGAGGAUAAAGGUGCUGGAGAAGAAGCAUUCCUCAGCUGUCAUGAAAAAGGGUUUGGAGCCACUGCUGCUCCUGAUGAAAGGCUCACCAGAGGCAAAAGGCUGGGAAACAGGGAAGGAACCUUCACCCAUGUUGGGAACAGGGCUGAAGAGCAGCAAGGUUCCUGAUGGGGUCUGGCGUGGGGCAGCAAGCUCAGAGGUGGCUGGGACGAUGGACAUCUGUGAGAAGAUGUACCUUGAUGUCCUUGGUGCUCUGGGAAGGCUGAUGGAAGUGAAGGAGCUGUCAGGGAUGGAGUCUCUGAAGUGGCUUCCUCAGGAGGAGAGGGAAAAAGUGGGUCUGCAGAGGCAGAAGGACCUGGAGCUGCUGUACCAUAAGAUCAGGAACCUCAAGAGUUGCCUGGAGAGAAAAGAAGAAAUGCUGAAAGACUACGAGGGUAGCAUGGAGCAGCUCAGGCUGAACCAAGCAUCCCUCCGAAGGUGCCAGGAGGAGAUGGCCAGACUAGAAGAUGAAGCCUACAGGGAGGCAGAAGAGAAGGCUCUGCUGAGAGAGGCUCUGGAGAGGACACAGCUCCAGCUGAGCCGAGAGAAGAAGUUGCUGCAAGCAGCCAGAGUUCAUAAGCUCCUGGUGUGA